UUUCCAACACUGCAGCUGGUCGCAUAUGUAAUAGAAUUGCUAGUUUUUUAUUUUGUUGGGAAAUCGCUUAAAAUUCUACCGAAAAACAUGGCAGCCAGCGGGAAAUUGAUGCUGAGUAGUGGCCUCUGCCAAAAGCUGAGUCAGAUCACAAGGCAGUUGCACAUGCAACCGGCACUCUUGUCCAGUUUUCGAUCAUCCCGCGAAGUUCAGGAUCUGGACAAGUAUCCCAAUGUCGAGGUGGUGGCCAAUCCGCCCGAGUGGCGUCAUGUGGAGCGCCUGCUGCCGGCGGAAACAGUACCAUCGCCGGUGGAAAAGCCCAAAUAUCCCUCCGGCUGGCGGCCGCAAAGGGAAAACGGCUCGGAAACUGGAUACUUUGUGGCCAGGACCAAGAAUCACAUGGUGCCGGUAUAUUUGCACACCCGGUUUCGUGGCCAGCGCAGGAUCACGGUGGUGCGUCGCGUCCAAGGAGACAUCUGGUCGCUGGAAAAGGAUCUGCGGGCGGUGGUCGAGCAGUCGCGGAAUGGCAAACUCUGCGCCACAAGGAUCAACGAACUGAGCGGACAGAUCCACUUCCAUGGCGACCAUGUGGACGUCCUGCGGGAUUAUCUUAAGGAGAAGGGCUUCUAAAGAUACCCAGAUGUCCUCCCUUUGCCGCAAUAAACUCUAUUCUGUUGACUUAAA